GUCACAUAUGUCGGAUUGUGAGUUUGAAAAUCUUAAAAGUUUAUAACGAGUCGUUUUCUACCGUGUUUGAUAAAACUACACUUACUUCAAAUUGUAACCAUGGUUGUUCUCUCAAAAUAUAUUGAUCUGGCGGUGCAAAAGUACGAUGAAAGCCGAUUGUCCAAAACCUCAAUUAGCAAUGUAAUAAUCGGUGCGGCAAUAUGCGCUUACACGUUCAAGCUCACAUAUUCAUUAAUAGGUAACAAUCAUAUAAAUAUGGAGGAACAACAGCACACAUAUAAAAGGAAUAAUGCGACAUUGUAUACAGAUUUGGAUGAAGAUGUGUCAAUUACGCCGACGGAUGAUGAAGAUUCAAAAUUCGCUGAAGUAGAGAAAUUGCUCGUUGCAAAGCAGCUGAAAAGACACAAUAAUGCGCAAUUGGAGCCAGGCCUCAAUAAAGAAUUCAUUCAACAAAUAAGCAAACUUUUAAAGAUUAUGAUACCAAAAUGUGUAUGUUAUGAGACUGGCCUACUGAUUGUACACACAUUGUGUUUAAUAUCGAGAACGUUCUUAUCAAUUUAUGUAGCUGCCUUGGAAGGCGCAAUCGUCAAAUUUAUUGUACGAAAGGAUGUGAAACAAUUCGGUAUAAUUCUUCUAAAAUGGUUUGGAAUUGCGAUACCCGCUACCUUUAUUAAUUCGAUGAUACGAUUUCUGGAAAGUAAACUUUCAUUAUCAUUCAGCACAACCAUCGUUUGUGGAUGACCUUCACGGAAUUCAUCCUGUAAGAAUCGACGGUCAGCGUUUC